AUGCCACAUUUAGAUCACAGUGUGAGAUUGGACUUUAAAGAUGUUUUAAUUCGUCCUAAGCGAAGUACAAUUCGAAGUCGAGCUGAUGUAAGUAUAACUAUGCAGUACAAUCGAACUUAACGUGAACGUGCAUAGAAUCGAAGUUAUUUAGUACACCCAUGCUAGUUGUGGACAGUCCCUAGAAUUUCAAGCGAAUCAUUGUAGAUCCAUCACUGCUCAGAAAAGUUAGCCGAUCGUGUUUUUUAACGCGCCAUAAAUGUGUUUUUACCGAGAUCUUGAUGUGUUCAUUAAAAUUGCUUUGAUGUUUGCGCCGACCGUACAGUAUUGGGAUAUAUCGCUUUACAGGUUGAACUUUGCAGACAUUUCAACUUUAAGUAUGCAAAGAAGAGACUUCCUGAUGACAUCAUUCCCAUUAUAAGUGCUAAUAUGGAUACCAUUGGUACAUUUGAAAUGGCCAUGGCUUUAGCAGAGGUAAACAUCUCAUUGUUACAAAAAUAAGGAGUCUUGAUAAUCUUAUGAAUUACCGACUAAACGCCAGGCCCCAGUUGUUCGAAAGGUGGUUAGCAUUGUCCAGUGGAUAAAUAACUAUCCACUGGAUAGCGCAGUUGGUUGUCGUAAUACUUAUCCUCUGGAUAGCAAUUUAUCUGGCCCCAGUUGUUCAAACGUUGGAUAGCGCUAUCCAGCGUUUGAACAACUGGGGCCUGGUAAAUAGUGCUAUCCAGCUUUCAAACAACUGGGGCCAGGUCAAGAUGGCUGGAUAUUGGCCAAGUUAAGUCCCAUCAGAGAAUCCAAAAAUUACCCAAUAGCCAGUCAGAACAUAUUACUGGCCUCAGCUUUCCCACUCUUGGAGCCAUUCAUAUGACUCUCAUGAUAAAUAGAUUUCUUGAGUUAUAAACAAGCUGUAAAUAGUUGGGGUGGGAUUUAACGUAGGUUAGGAGGGGGUGUGUCACUAUGGCCAGAAGUGGUUAAUUCAUUCACCGUACACCGUUAUGAUUUAGGGUGUUUGUGUUUUGAAUGUUCUGCAGCCAGUUUGAGCCUUUGCAUCAUGUUCAGUAAAUUGCUCCUCCUGAUACUUAACAAUGAUUCUUUGAAAUCUAGGUAAAUAGUAGCUAAAUAUUUACCGAGGCACAAAAUGGCGAGGUAAAUAUUCCUAGAGCCACUAUUCACCAAGAUUAUAGAGAAUAAUUGUUUUAGUAUAUACACACAAAGUGAUCUCAACAAAAUCAGAGAGGAAACCAUUAAAAAUUAUGAUUGAUUGAUGGAUCAAAUCACGCAAAAGUUUAAAAAUAGAUCUUUGCAGAAUUUUCAAACAUGGCGAUUCACAAGUUUAUCACUUUGCAAACAACAGCGUAAUGGCUUAAAUGGAACUGUUAAAAGUUUGAAUUGUUUCCUUACCUGAGAAGAAAAGUAGAGCUUUGUUGUUUUCUGUUGACUCACCAAGUUUAUAGCCAAAAAGGUUUGUUGUGUCGUUCUUCGCAUAAAGUGCUGACAAAAACGGUGGCUCGGUUGCUCGAGGUAAGACUUAGGUAAGACGUCUUCCUGUACCAUUCUUUUUCCUAUUUACUUGAAACUUAGAAUUUUUGCAAACAUUUGCUUUCAAAUUUGUUUGUCAUAAAUAAACUUCAAUUUUUGGGCCAAAUUGUCUUGUUAAGAAAUGCUGAGUUCACGAAAUGGCUUCUUCUACGCAAAUAAACGGGAGUUGUAAACAAUCCAUCUAGCAUAAAACACAGCUACAGUAAAUGAAAAAGGCCAUUUUGAAUCCUUUCAAGUCUUUUCAUGCCUUAAAAAAAGUCAGCCCUAUGACUUUGUCGACUUUUAAAAGAUCGUUCUCUAAAAAAAAUGGGAAAAACACCGAGCUCACUCAUUAUCCACUCGCUGGGAGAUGAAUAUUGUUAAAUAGUCCGAGAUAGUGAACCAAUCAAAUUGCUUAAAUCACCAAGAUCACUGAGUGUGUACAUACUAAACCUGAAUGUAUAAAGUCAUUCCCUAAUGAUUCAAGAUUCAUUCAAGAUCAAGAUAUACAGGCUAUUAAGAAAGAAAAAAUAUCUGAGCUCUUUCAAGUUGUCGUUGGCAGUACAGUAGGAGUAUAAUGUUCAAUGUCCUCCCCUGUUCUCCCCUCUUUCAAUAAAUGUCAUGCUCAAUAGAGUACUAAAGUGAUGACGUCAUAAAAAUGAAAUUUCUGAAAUUAUGGGAUUUGUCAGGAUAUUCUGAAAGAACAAUGUUCAAGAGGCCUACUUGCCAAAAAUGAGCAUUUGGGGGCAAAUUGUCUCUGAGAUCGUAGCCCAGUUAUACUCAGAAAACUCCAUACAAACCCUUCUAAUUUUUUCUUGGGUCGACCCAAAAACAAUUUAGAAGGGUUUGUAUGGAGUUUUGUAAGCAUAACUGGGCCACGAUCUCAGAGACAAUUUGCCCCCAAAUGCUUAUUUUUGGCAAGUAGGCCUCUUGGACAUUGUUCUUUCAGAAUAUCCUGACAAAUCCCAUAAUUUCAGAAAUUUCAUUUUUAUGAUGUCACACUUUAGUACUCUAUAGGGAUGUCCAGUAAGAUCUGAGGAUGGUAACGGCAGUGAAAAAAUUGCUGAAAAAGUGAAUUCACAUUCUUUCGGUCUUUAUCGCAAAUAUUCCAACUCACUUACUUAGAACCGAAUUGUUGGCAACUCUGUUGCAGUUGAAUUCUAAGGACCAUAUCCAAGUUCAGAAAGAGAAAGUAAAGUUUGUCAUGUAUGGCUUGUUUCAUAUUUGACAAAAUGUGAAAUGGGACAUUUUCACUUUGUAAUCUAGCAGUGAAGGCAAAGAAAUGUCAAAAAAGUACUGCACAUGCAGAGCUGUUUUGAGUCUUAAACCUAUGGCUCUUUUGAAGUUCUCAUUGCCAUCACCUUGGUCUGAUCUUAAGGUCUCUAUUUGUUUAACACUGAAUUUUUAGCACAAGCUUCUAACAGCAAUUCACAAGCAUUACACUGUGGAAGAAUGGCAAGAGUUUGCUAAAGACCACCCAGAUGUAUUACCGGUAACUUCAUUUUUUAUUUUAUGACAUCUAGAUAUUUUGUUAGGCUUAGCUGAUUAUCUCUAUAAAAAGUCGUUCAUUUUCUGUUGUCAAGAAUAAACAAACUCAACCGCCAUUUCUUGUAUUGGAAAAAUUUAUCACUUGUUUAUGUUGUGAUUCAAUUUUAUCCUUGGUUCAAAUUUUAUCUCCCUUUGUUUUGGGGUAUGGUAAUGUAUGAUAAUGAGUUUAAAACAAAGGGAGAUAAAAUUUGAACCAAGGAUAAAAUUGAACCACAACAUUUACCCCCUGAGAAUCCAUGUGACAUCGCUUUUACCCCAUCAGUCCUUAAGCGAGUGCAAAGAUGGCGGGCAUUACAACACUUAACACAAGUAACUGAAAUGAAAUAAGUGAUGAAACUGAAAAUGAACAUUUUUUAACAUUGCUUAACUUAAUACCAAUCACAUCUACCUGGAAAAGUUCAAUUGAACAUUCAAACUUGAUGUCCAGGCCCCAGACAGUGGACAAUGCUAUACACUGAGUUAAUGGUUGUCUAGUGGAUGACUACAAAGCAUCAUUCAAAUUUCGAACAACUUGGAAAAUGCAUUACCUUAUUAUAUGCUUCUAUUAAAGAUGAUAAUGGCAAAUUAUGGGUGGAAGUAAUAAUUUUUUUUUCUGGAUGCAGCAGUGACCAUAGAUGUCCUCACAGCAAGCAAUAAUGACAUUAAUGUUGUCGAAACUCAAACUGUACAUUUUACAUGACCAUUAAAUCAUUGUUUCGUUUUGAGGGAAUAAACAAACUGGACUGCAAUUUCUUUCAUUGGCAAAUUUUAUCCUUUGUUUGCCCCUAAAUACCACGUGACAUGGCUUUUAUCCCAUCCAUCCUAAAGCGCGUAUCAUGAAUAAGGUCUAUUUGAAGCAUCAAUAUAAAAAUGCUGCAUUGAAUUCACAGUAUGUGAUUGCUAGCUGUGGGAUGAUGGAUGAAGACGUUGCUAGAUUAAAGCAGAUCCUUGAUGCUUGCCCUGCUGUGCCUGCAAUCUGUCUGGAUGUGGCCAAUGGUUAUUCUGAGCACUUUGUAGAAUUUGUCAAAAAUGUGCGGAGCAAAUUCCCGGAGCACAUUAUCAUGGUAUUGAAAAAAUUAAAUUUGAAUGCUUAGUAUUUUUUUCAAUCAACUGAAUUCUCUAGUUCCUCAUUUUGAGGCCACUUAUUAUUUGCAUACUUCUCAGUGAUGGUACUCUUUGUUGCUUACCCCUUUUUACAUUUGUUUUAAAAUGUCUUUCAAUGCAGAUCCAAAUUUGCAUUAUAGGAAACAUGUUUCUUCUUUUUGUCAUGAUAUUAUUGUACAGUUAUAUAUUGUUUUGUCAGCUCAUUCUGUACUGUCUGACAUGUUUUUUUUUUUUUUUUUUUUCAUUUACUAUAGGCAGGAAAUGUUGUGACAGGUGAGAUGGUGGAACAACUGAUCCUUAAUGGAGCUGAUGUUGUCAAAGUUGGUAUCGGCCCAGGUUAGUACUGUAGUGUAUUUACCCCGUCUUAAUUGCCAGCUGUGUUUAGAAUGCCAAGAUACAGUAAUAUUGUGAUUUCAGUAUUCUACUCUACAUACUGCUUGGGCUUCCUGUAGAUCAGAUUUAUGACAGUUCUUAAUGUGUUGGUCAACCUGUUUGGCAAUCUUUUGGUGUGUGUCUUGUUGUUUCAUCAGGGUCUGUCUGUACCACGCGUCGUCAGACUGGUGUAGGAUAUCCACAACUUAGUGCAGUAUUAGAAUGUGCUGAUGCUGCCCAUGGACUCAAUGGACAUAUCAUUUCUGUAUGUACAGUAUAAUGCCUUUUUUAUGUUACCUACUUGUAUUUAUCUCAGAUAGAGGUGACUAUUGAGGUUACUUUAACCAUUGCAGUAGUAAUGAAGUACAGUCGAAGCUCUCCUUGUGACCGCUCUCACAAGAGACCAGCUCUUGUUAUGACCACAUUUGUGAAACCCCAUUUGAACUGUGACUUUAUAUAAACUUUGUAAUAAAAAGCUCUCGUAAGCGACUGCUUCUGUAUUUGUCUGUGACCACUUUUGGGAUGACCCAACUGAACUUGUCUUUUGUUUUUAAGCUCUCAUAAGCAUCACUCAAAGUCUUUUCCAUAAAAAUCAAUUGUCUAAAAAAUUAGAUGUAAAGUUAUAACCGUGUCUAGAUCUAUAUCAGAUAUAAAGAUACUCAUUAAACAUUUAUUUCUUUAUUAAUUUUAAUAUUUUUUUGUUAUUAAUUAUAAUGAGUUUCCAAAGCUCUUGUAAGCAACCAUCCUCUUUUGUUUUACCAUGCGGUCAAUUUACAAGGGCUCAUUUUCUUGUAAACGACCAGCUCCAGUUACAACCACUUUUUUCGAAUUUCUGAGGUGGCUGCUUUUCAGAGCUUCAACUGUACUCUGUACUGUUGCAAUAACAUUGUAAUUGUGAAUAAUGGUCUUAUCAUUGUUGAUUUCACCUUGAAGUGAGGUAUAAUUUAUGCAGAAAUUCCACUGGCCAUCAUUUUGAACUCGGAACAUGUCCUGGCAACAACUUUUACAAAACAAAGCAGUGUCAGUAAAGUCCAUUUCUGCUUUCAUGGAUCUACAAUCCAUGUUUGUUUACUUGAUUUCAAAAGAAAAUGGCAAACCAUGAAGAAAGGAUGUGCCUCUUUUAUGCAAGAAAAGUGAUUUACAAAAGAUUAUUUGAAAACAAUCGAGUAACCAGGGCUAGAAAAAGUCUUUUGCGGUACCGUCCAGCACUAGUAGAUUUUCUUGCUGGGCAAUCAACUGAUGAUAGCUCACCUGCCCAAUGGGCAAAUUAGAGGCCAGUCAAGCCAUUAUGAUACUAACCAAGACAAGGAAAUAAUUGUCCUGGGAAAGGGAUCUUGCCCAAGCAACAAGCCUUUAAAUUCCAUUUUUUUAGUUGUGUAAAAAAUUGCUAUCUGUAAAUUUAUGAAAGUGAAGAUGUCUGUAGUACAGGGUAAUAUAUAUAUUAUUUAUUAAAUUUAAUGCAUUACUAUUGAGACACUAUCACACAAUCCAUUGGUAGUUUAAUGUAUUGUUACAUGCCUAAUUUUGAGGGGGUAGGGAAUGGUCUAAUUGGCAUUCUGUCUGUAUUAUACAUAAAACACCUCUGUCAAUGGAUAAGUGACAUUCUCCCAUUAGAAUCAAAGUGUAAACACAGGCCUGGGUAAUUUUAGAUGUGUCUUGUAGGAUGGUGGAUGCACUUGUCCUGGUGAUGUGUCUAAAGCUUUUGGUAAGAACUCUGUUCAAUGUGAUGACAUUCCACUGUAAAUGUAUCCGCAUAAAUCGUAACUGGUAGAAUGGAAAUGUGUGUAGUGCGGUAUGUUGUAGAAUUAUCAUAUGAUUUGUGAGUAGACGAGUUUUGUACUGUUAUUGUGGAAACCUUGGGUGAAAGUUAUCAUAAGCAUUAAAGCUGAUUUCAAAGCAAUCAUUUAUCAGAGGAAGUGUAAAUAUUUCUGAGCCUUAUUAAUGCAGGGAGAUAAUUUUCUUAUCACUACUUAAAGAGUUGAUGAACACUAACAUUUUCCCUGAGUCAAAAGCCCCACAUCCAAACAUUAGGUAAUUGGUUUUAUAUUCAAUAUACUAGGUGGUGAGUAAUUAAUAUUCUGAAAUUAUGAUAAUUUGAUUGGCACUGCAGUUCAUAAUUUGUCAUUAAUUAUAAACCAUACUGGUAGCAGAAUCUUUCUUUCACUUGUUUGAUACUGGUGUACCUGCGAAAGAUGCUGCAUGAAGUGGAGUAAGAUCUUUGUUGAGCAUGUGCUGGUUGGUGCUGGGAUACAGUUGUGAACCGAGGCGUACUGAUACAACUGUCUAAGUUAUGACCAUCAGUUAAUCAAUUUUCGGGUGCUCACACUUGAGAAACCAGUUCCAUAAUAGAGAGCAAGAUCGAGUAGUCCAGAAUUUCAGGCUUUGGUUACUUCAAACGCUCAACAUGCUUCACUGCAGGGGUUUCAUUAAGGGUCAGGGGCUGGGCACCUAGCAAAUUGACCGGCUGCUUAACUUCUCAAAGAACUUUUUUUAAUACAACAAACAAUCAAAAUUAGUUUUAAGUAAAUGAUGAGUCUUGUCAAGUGCAAAAACAUAUUUCCCAUGCGGCAUGAAAUCAGUAAAUCCCCUUGUCUGUUACAUGCUAAAAACAAGAAUCACCUCAUAAUGCAUUGCAAAAGAAGCGUACUCCAUCAAAGAUCAUCGGAAAUAUCUCAAUAAGAUUGUGAACUAAUUUGUGUGGUGGAUAUUGGUAUAAAAUCAUGAUUAAAUUGUUUAGAAAAGUUAUCUUUUUUGUUAGUUGAAAGGCAUUGUCUGCAGCUUGAGAAUGCAGGAAACUCUAGAAUCUCAAAAUUGUCCAGGGGAGCACCCCUGGCCCUUCCUAUGGGGGAAGACCCAAAGUGCCUUUCCAAUUCUUUGCCUGUGUGUCAAACCCAGUUGCCCUCCUUUUCAAAACCUUAAUGAAACCCCUGCUUCAGGCAAAUCUCUUUUUAUUCUCACUCAAACGGAUAAAAAAGAGGCUGGGCAUAAAUUGAAAUGAUUUUAUUCUUAAGGUGCUGGUGCUGACUUUGUGAUGAUGGGAGGAAUGUUUGCUGGUCAUGAUCAAUCUGGUAAGAUUGCAACAGACAGUUACUAUGGCCACCUGUUAUGUGUUUUGGCAGUGAGAACAUUGUUACAAUUACAAACCAACGAUAUCGUACAUUGCGUUUAAUCCCCUGAGAGGGUAGCUUGUAGUGAAAGUGACAGGGAUGAUCAAAGGAUUUUUGGGGGGUUGGAAUUUUCGGGGUGCCUUGAUUUAAGUAGAGAUUUUGUUAGGUAUUCAAAACAAUCUGAAGGUUAGUGUAGCACUGUUCGCAUAUACUGGCUACAUAAAUAUUGACUGAGGGGAGUUAAUCAAUGCACAACUUUUAUUAACAUGUACUUCUUUAUUAACUUGUACAGGUGGGGAGUUAAUAGAGCGAGAUGGGAAAAAAUACAAGAUAUUUUAUGGCAUGAGUUCAACAACAGCCAUGAAAAGGCAUGCUGGGGGAGUAGCUAAUUACAGGUUUGUUUUGUUCCCUAAAGCAAACAUAAUAGCUCACUUUUGCUUAAGGAUAUAAUUUGUAUUUUAUCUGUUUCUGUUGUCUGAAGAGUGCCUCAUUUUAAUAAAAAGUUUUAGUUGAAGAGAUUACAAAUGCAAGUUGAUUACAGUUUGAUACACUUUUGAUGAAAGCAUAGUUUUUGAUUAUCAUUGUUUGGCCAGUUUAAGUUUCUUAAUUAGCUGACAACAUUGUGUUACUUUAUUGAUUUCCUGUGAGUAGAUUUCAGUACGAGUCAAUUAAACUUGUACACUUAUUUCCAGGUCUUCAGAAGGCAAGACUGUUGAGGUGCCAUAUCGUGGUGAUGUUCAUGACACUGUGAAAGAUAUCCUUGGUGGAGUGCGUUCAACAUGUACAUAUGUUGGAGCUGAGAAACUGAAGGAGCUUCCAAGAAGAACUACCUUCAUUCGUGUUACUAUGCAGCUCAACAAUGUCUUUUCAUAGAAUGUUUACAUUGUUCGGAGCAGUUUUGAAUUGUGUACUUUUGACUAUAACUAUAACCAUGAUUAAUUUUACUCUUUUUGAUACCCUGCGAACAGUAAUUUCUCCAGGCUG